AAUACAGAGUACGGGGACAUCUCUCUGGUGGAUUCCCAUUACUGGAUCCAUCUACCUAAUGGUGUCCCGGGAAUACAGAGGACGGGGACAUCUCUCUGGUGGGUUCCCAUUACUGGAUCCAUCUACCGGAUGGUGGUGAGGGAUGUUGUGACCUUCCCGUGUGGAGUCCUGGGAAUACAGAGGACAGGGACAUGUCUCUGGUGGGUUCCCAUUACUGGAUCCAUCUACCUGAUGGUGGUGAGGGAUGGUGGGACCUUCCUGUGUGGAGUCCAUGGAAUACAGACGACGGGGACAUCUCUCUGGUGGGUUCCCAUUACUGGAUCCAUCUAACAAGUGUAAAUAGUGCAUGCUCUUAGAUCUAGUAGAUCUCUGCAACAAUCAUAUAGAAACAUUAUUCUUAAUCUCAUCUACCUGAUCCACCUGAGGGAUCUCCUGAUGUUCCUGUUUGGAAGGCCGGGAAUACAGAGGACGGGGACAUCUCUCUGGUGGGUUCCC